AGGGAAAGGCUGCCUCUUUAAGCACCGUUCGUCAUACUUUGAGGACGGAGCUGAAGCUUUACGCACCGCGACGAUGCUGGCAAGAAGCUUUGACUGCUCCCAUGGAGGAACUUGCUCUUUUUAAUCGGCGCUCGGGUGUUUUGCAGGGAUCCCUUGGAGAUGCCAGGCAGAGGACUCCAUGUUAUUUGGCUUGCAGGCACGCCACGGCUGCGUACGUAAACGUCAGCGGGGAGGGUGACGAGAAGAGUUUCGAGUAACCCACCGGAGAAAAUGGACACCCGUUUCACUCGAGGGAAAUCCAACAUCCUUGAACGCCCUCUGACCCGACCCAAGACUGAAGUCAGUCUGAGCGCCUUUGCGCUCCUGUUCUCCGAGAUGGUACAGUACUGUCAGAGCCGCGUGUACUCCGUGUCGGAGCUGCAGACACGCCUGGCAGACAUGGGCCAGAGCGUGGGAGCCAGCAUGCUGGAUGUGUUGGUGCUGAGGGAGAAGAACGGGAAGAGGGAGACCAAAGUGUUGAACAUGCUCCUCUUUGUCAAGGUUAAUGUGUGGAAGUCCUUGUUUGGAAAGGAAGCUGACAAGCUGGAGCAGGCCAACGAUGACGACAAGACGUACUACAUCAUAGAGAAAGAGCCGCUUAUUAAUGCGUACAUCUCCGUGCCCAAGGAGAACAGCAGCUUGAACUGCGCCGCCUUCACCGCGGGCAUCGUGGAGGCCAUCCUCACACACAGUGGCUUUCCCGCAAAGGUCACUGCCCACUGGCACAAAGGCACCACGCUGAUGAUAAAGUUUAACGAGUCAGUUAUAGCCAGGGACAAGGCUUUGGAUGGCAGAUAAGAAAGAUCGGAGGGGGGGAGUUGUUAUGUAAAUCUGUACAGGAUGAGGAGAAAUCACGGAGGCCCAGGCUGGUGUUUGUAUCUGAAGUGUCUCCUUGUGGUAACUGAUGAGACAGGGUGACAUUAUAAAUGGAUCACUGUGCUGUACUGAGCCUCAUAAGCAGAAAAUAUGCACCUAGAUGGUUUUGUGGAUCAUCUCCUUCUCGUUUUGCCUCCUGAUGUGGUUUUAUUUUGUAGUUUUUCUUUUGUCACAUAUUUGCAACAGACAAAAGUUUAAAGCGUAAACAUACUGCAUAAACUUUCAUGCCACAAUGGUCACCAGAAUGUAAAAAAAUUAAACAAAACAUUGGGGCUCUAUUUGACAGCCCUUUUACACCAUUUUUAAAAUAUUUGAUUAUUAUUGUUUUAGUCUACAAGCUGGCUUCAGGAGGCCAACAAAGUAGAGUACCCCUGGUUAUGAUAAUAUUAAAUCAUAACCAACAAUGAAUCACCACAUGACUUGUUUUUAGGGACAAAAAAUUUUAAGGAGACAGGUCCAAGGUUUUCCCUGCAACCCUGAGCUGGAUAAGUGGGAUCAAGUGGAUGUAUGAGUCCAUGGUUUGUUUUCUAUUUCAUUCCAGCUCAGCCUCAGCUUUUGUUUUGUUUUGUUUUUAAAUGCAUUCAUAAUCUGGGGCUAGUAAUUCUGUGCUAACAACACAACCACCAGGCUACAUCUUACAAAUCUAUACAUUUCUUGGGCCCAGAAAUUUUGCAGUGCUAAGCUGAGUUGUUUUUCUUUAAACAGCAUCUGUGGAAAAGAGGAAGUAGUUUAGUGUUAUUUAAAAUACAUUUUUGUAUUUAGUGUCUUGUCAUCGAGUCAUUAUGUAACACAAAGACGUUUACAUGUUACAAAUAAAAACUGGAAGGUUGUGGUUGUUUUUGAUGACAUGGCUGCUUUUAAGCAAACAAAAGCUGCUUAGCUUAUCCUAACACAGACAUAUUUAAAACAUGCGCUGAAUAUUAUAAUUUAUAUUAUGUCCAGAGGACAUAUUUGUUACACUGAGGGAAAUAAAUGUGGUCAUUUCCAGGUCUGACUGUAAUGUAUAUAGCAAUAACUAACAUUGAGUUUAUUUCAUUUUUUUUAAAUAACAAAUCACAGCACUAGUUAAUGUUAGUGUGAAGAAAGCUCCCCAUUUACAUGAACUAAUUCAAAUCUUCACGAUAGAUAUGAUUCAACCCACUGCAGCGCAGAACCUUUAAUAUCUACAGUGUGUUCUAAUCUCUAGUAAAAUAUUGUGUUCAACAGUAACAAACGCUGCACUGAGGUCUAUCAGGACAAGCACAGAGAUGAGGCCACUGUUAGAGGCCGUAAGAAGAUUAUUUGUAACCUUCACUAAAGCUGUUUCUGUGCUAUGAUGGGCUCUGAAACCCGAAUGAAUCUCUUAAAAUAAACCAUUCCUCUGCAGAUGAUGAGUUAGCUAAAUGACCAUUUUACAACUCUGUAGUUUCAGCCUGGGAGCACAUCUGUGUUCCCAGAGCCCAUCAGAAAGCAGGCUAAGGCAUGACUCCUACAACCACACAGCCUUCUUUUGUCCCCCUGUUGUAUCUGACAUAAGCCAUAAUUAACCUGAAAUGGACAGAGACUCAUGGGAAAUUGUGUUCCAAAUAAGCCAUGCGGCAUUAAAUGCUACCGAGGAAAGCUACGAGUAUAGGUUUACAAUUCAUGCAUUUGUGUACCUUAAUAAAAAUAUGAGAAGUAUAAGUAA